AUGGAGCUGGCAGAGCAAGACAAAGUGGAGCAGCUGAAAGAUGGUUCCUCAGGUCUGACUACAAGCAAUCAAAAAUUCUGUAAAUCCUUUUCGUCCUGCUGCUCCAUCCUAAGUGAUACACACACUAUUCCACCGGUUUUAUCACAAAACAGAGGAAUCAUCAGGCAAAACUGUGAUUCUGGGCUACCUUCCCCCCUUCCUUCCGAUUCCUUCAAGUAUCUUGGCUGGUGUGACAUAGAAGAACAUGAUGUUCGAGGAAAUCAGCUUCAUUGUCCCCGAGUGAGAGAAGGGCCCUCAGAAGAGGAGCUAUUUUUCAGAGGAGAAGAACAUACUUUGAAAAAAAGAAAACAAGUAACUGACACAGAGAAGUGGCAAAAGAAACUGCAAGAGAACUGGGAAAACUGUGCUGAGUUGAACCUUUCAUUUCAGGACCUGGGUGAUCUUUACCAGGUGGAAAACUUCAAAAGGAUUCUCCAAAGAUUAAUUCGAGUGGAAAAGCUUUGGUUGGUGGACAAUUCUUUGACAGACCUAAGUGCCAUAAGAUUGCCAAGAUGCAGAGAACUAAAUGUCAGUAAAAACCACUUUACAUCCCUCAAACAGCUGCCAAAGAUACCUCAGAUUCAGCACUUAUCACUCGCUGAAAAUAACAUUGUGACACUAAGUGGAAUAUCAGACUUCAGACAUACUCCACUUGAAUCGCUUAUACUCAAGAGGAAUCCCUGUGAGUUUCAAGAAAGAUACAGACAACUUGUAUUCUCCAGUUUGCCAAAUCUCAAAAUGCUGGAUGGCAUCCCAAAACUUCCAGAGGACUGUUCACCCCCAGAGAGCAGGGUUUUUUUCAGAAUGUGUACUAUACUCUAGCACUGUAUUUUUGCAGGAUCCCAACUGUGCUAGAACCACCUCACUUGAAAGAUACAAUAAAUCCCGUA